GAUUUCUUGUAACUAUCAGGCCAGGUACCCUGAUCUCAGGUGUGUGUGUGUGUUGGUGUGUGUCGUGUGCUACAGGUAGGUCACCAUAGGAUCGGUGACUCGAACCGCUCAGACCAAUGGACCGCUACAGACCAAAGAACGUCUCCAACCACUGGGGUGAUCAGACCCAGCGCUGGGCAGUCCGACAGUGGAGCCCGCCCCAGGGGUACGGCGUCUACCUGUUCAUCAAGUUCCCCGGUCGGGAUGUGGAGUUUGCUGCCCAGACGGUCGUGUUGGGAAAAAGGGCUGUCACCACUGCUCGGGGGGAGUUUAUUGGAAUAGCCAGGAAGGUACACGACCUGAGUUCGGGACCACGCCAGAAAGAGGCGCUCGUUGUUUACCUAUUUGAAUCCACGGAGGCAGCCACCAGAUUUUUCGUCAGCGAUACCCGAUUCAAGCAGCCAGACUUCCCUCCCCCUGCUGGUGCCUGUGAGGCGUGGACAGUGGUCAAGUUCUUGGAGACGAGAAGCGAUGACCUAUACAAGACCUACAUGCUGUGUGACAACACCCUCAGGUCCGCCUCCUACUCUGAGUACAAGGAACAGUUCGCACAUCCGUUUUCACAGCUUAUACUGGAAUAUGGCGGCCAGCCGUUCGUGGUCCAGUCCAUCGGGGUGGAGUCACUGAGGCGUCAUCACGUGGACCCCAACACCAUGGUGACGCUGCACUUGUUUAGGGAGGAGGACGAUAUCAAGAGGAUGAUGGGAGACCCACGCUACGAAGAAUUGAAGCGGCGUCAGAUUGCCAUGGCAACAGACUUCACUUCCGUGUUUACCAUUGACCCACAGGCGUGUCCAUAACGAGGGUGACCUAAAUAGCCAGUAUGGACAGCAGCGGGGGGUUAAAACAAUGAAUAAUUUGAAAAUGUAUUUAUGUCAACAUUUCUGUAUAAAAUAAUCUUGCAUAAAAAUAUCUUUUAAACAAGCAUUAUUUUCAUUGUAGAUACAGGACAGUCAUAUCUGAGAUUGUUUUUAACUUCAAUGACAGUACACCAUUUUAUCUGUGAUAUCAUUAAAGUAUUCUUAUUCAUAACACUUGUAAUUAAUUUUAACAAGACAUUAACUUAUCUUAUACCAAACAAGUGACUAUGUUUAUAUAAAUAGGGCCUAUGCGUCGACUAUUCUAAGACCUAAAACUGCAACACAUUCUUUUCUUACAUCUACUUCCAAUAACACAGCUAUCAGUAGUAUCAAGCCCCACGUAACGCCUUGUUACGCACAGCAGAAAUUUCACGCAAGGAAAUUGCACAUGCGAAAAAUUCCGCACAGAAAAGAAUGCUUAAAUAUAUAUCGCGCACACAGAAAAUGCGUUCUCACAAUACAAUAUCUCGCAUGUC